CCCGCAGCCCGCUGCGCGCGCCGCUUCCUGAGCGCGCGGCCGGCGGACCCGCCCUGCUGCUGGGCCCCGAGGCGACAGCCGAGGUACAGGUGCCCCGGGUGCAGAUCGACUCCCUCUACCCGCCGCCGCCGUCGUCGGAGCAGGCCUCGCGUCCCUUGUCCCUUCUUCUGCUGCGGCCGCCCUCCCGCCGCGCCAAAUGCAGGCUGUCGCCCUCCCCGAGGAGAUCCGUUGGCUCCUGGAAGAUGCUGAAGACUUCCUGGCGGAGGGCUUGAGGAAUGAGAACCUCAGUGCUGGUGCUCAGGACCAGAGAGACCACAUUCUCCGGGGCUUUCAGCAAAUCAAAUCCAGGUACUGCUGGGAUUUUCAGCCCCAGGGAGGAGACCUUGGCCAGGACAGCUCUGAUGACAAUCUGAGUGGGAGUCACGGUCCAGCUCUCCCAGCAGAUGCAUCCUUUUGGUCCGAUUAUCAGGAUGAGGGAGUGGAAAACAUCUUAAGAGGGGCUCAAGAGCUGGAUAACAUCAUCAAGCAAGGAUACCUGGAGAAGAAAAGCAAAGAUCAUAGCUUCUUUGGGUCAGAAUGGCAGAAGCGAUGGUGUGUGGUCAGCAGAGGCCUCUUCCUCUACUACGCUAACGAGAAAAGCAAGCAGCCCAAAGGGACCUUCCUCAUUAAGGGCUACAGUGUCCGGAUGGCCCCCCACCUGCGAAAAGACUCCAAGAAAGAAUCCUGCUUUGAACUGACCUCCCAGGAUAGACGCAGCUAUGAGUUUACAGCUCUGAGUCCAGCUGACGCCAGAGACUGGGUGGACCAAAUAAGUUUCUUGUUAAAAGAUCUGAGCUCCUCAACCAUCCCCUGUGAAGAGGAAGAGGAAGAGGAGAAAGAAGAGGAAGAAAUGUAUGAUGACAUUGACGGUUUUGACUCCGUCAAGGCUGGUUCCCAGGGCAGAGCCGUGACCUUGCCUGAGCCCACAGAGGAAGAAGAGGACAUUUAUGAAGUCCUACCAGUGGACUGCGCCAAUUAUUACCAAGGCCUGUGGGAUUGCCAUGGUGACCAGCCAGAUGAACUGUCCUUCCAACGAGGUGACCUCAUCCGAAUUCUGAGCAAGAAUUAAUCUCACAGAAGCGAACUCGGCAGCACGGAGGCUGCGGUUGUAGCGAGGCGGUCGCUCUGCCUGAACAUGAAAUAGGAGCUAAUAUAAAAAUCCAUCUGCUGUGUUUGAAAUACACGCCGGCUGCUGCUCGGUCCUGUCUAACAUUCCAAGCGUCAACAGCGGGGGAAAGCGAUCGGGGGGGGGGGGGGGGGGGGGGGGGUUAGUGGCCAUCAGUACCUGGCAGGGGUUCAACAACAGGUGUACUCCAAAAAUCCAUUCUGUCUGAGCAGCAGGCAUGACAGGGCAGGUGCCCAAUCGCCCUCAGUGCGGUGACACCUUGCCCUGGCUCACCUCCCUCUCUCGGAGGACAGCAAGGCCCUUCUGUGGACCAGUCCCACUACAGUCACUUAUUGUCCGUGGGGAAGAAAGGAAGUAAAAUGCCUCUAUCUGGCCGGGCAGCGGCGGUGGCCCACGCCUUUAAUCCCAGCACUCAGGAAGCAGAGGCGGGUGGAUCUCUGUGAGUUCAAGGCCAGCCUGGUCUACACGAGUUCCAGGACAGCCAGGGAUACAUAGAGAAACGCUGUCUCGAAAACUAAUAAAUAAAUAAAAAUAAAGAUGCUCCUAUCUGGAUAAGAGAGGUCACAAGUCCCUUUUCAGAGAAGCGACCUGACUUCCCCCCAGCAAGGUCUCUCCCUAGAGAACAUUUCCUCUAAAUAAUAUAGGUGUUUCUUUUGCUGCUUGAAAUAUCACAGAACUGAAUGCCCACAUAUUGAGACUGUCUCAAAAAAACGCAAAGAGAAACUUAGUUAACUAGGGGGCUGGAGAGAUGGCUCAGUGGUUAAGAACACCGACUGCUCUU